AAUUCCAAAUUUAUUUUUAUUAGCCCCACACAUUUUUUCCUCAAAAAUGGUCCUAAUUUACAAAAUUAACUUAAUUUUAUUUUUUAAUUUAUUACCUUUAAUUUUUGUUUUUGGUGAAUUGACAAGACAUUUUAAAGAAUUUUUGGACAAAAAUUAUGGGGGAGAAGUUGGGGGACAAUUGAACAGGAUGGAUAUGGGUGGAUAUUUGUAUGGAAGUUUUGGAGGAAAGGAGGGGGAUAAUGAUACGAUUGUAAAUGAGCCAGUUAUCUUCGUUCAUGGAGUAACUUUACGGGCCGGCGUUUUUGUUUCUCAUCGAAAUUAUUUUUUAGGGAAAGGAUAUUCUACAUCUGAGGCAAGUUUUGACACCCACAAAAAUAAUUUUUUAAAAAUAAUUCUAAAGUUAUACGCGACAACCUACGCCGAUGGAGGGCAUACUCCUUUUUAUAUGAAUGAAUUGGAAUGUUCAAGUGUUAAACAAAUAAGAGAGUUUAUCCUAGCUGUUCAUAAUUAUACUGAAAAAACUGGUAGGGAUAAAAUAACGGGAUCUUUUCUCUUAAAGUAUUUCUCUCAAUUUGAAUAA